AUGCCACUGAAGAUGGUACAAGUGCGGCACCCUGUUGAUUCUAUCUCUUGGGCACAAGUGAAUGCUAAAUGGCCAGACUUUGCUGCUGAUCCACGGAAUCUUCGACUUGGGAUUUCUACAGAUGGGAUGAACCCUUUCUCCAUGCAAAGCACCAAUCACAGCACAUGGCCAGUGUUGUUAGUGAACUAUAACACGCCUCCAACCAUGUGUAUGAAGGCUGAGAAUAUAAUGCUGACUUUGUUGAUCCCUGGUCCUACUGCUCCUGGUAACAACAUUGAUGUUUACCUAGCACCACUGAUAGACGAUCUAAAGGAUUUGUGGGCUGAGGGUAUUGAAGUGUAUGACUCAUUUGCGAAGGAGAACUUUAAUCUCAGAGCCUUGCUGCUUUGGAGUAUCAGUGACUAUCCAGCCUUAGGAACACUGUCUGGAUGUAAAGUAAAGGGGAAACAAGCCUGCAAUACCUCUAGAGAAGGAAAAAAAAGGAAAAGACUAGAGUUGGAAGAUGAUGAGAGGUUACAAGAAGAAGAGUGUGAAGAAUCAAAUGAACUAUGGCGGUGGAAGAAGAGAUCAAUAUUCUUUGAUCUACCUUACUGGAAGGAGUUGCCUGUUCGUCACAAUAUUGAUGUUAUGCACGUAGAAAAGAAUGUGUCCGAUGCUAUAUUGUCUCUGUUGAUGCAAAGUGCGAAGUCAAAAGAUGGGUUGAAAGCAAGAAAAGAAGACUUAGAAGAUAUUGGAAUCAGAAAGCACUUGCACACAGAGGUGAGGGGAAAGAAAAACAUACUUACCUCCUGCUGCCUACUGGUUAUCGAAGAGAGAGAAGACCAUUUUCUGCCAAAGAACUUGUUACCAGCUGCAUUAAGAGGGUUGUUACAUAGGGGUCCUAGGAUAGCCAUAAAUAGAUUAUGCAGUUACUUCAACAGGUUGUGUCAGCGCAUCAUUGACCCAGAGAAACUUAUAUCCAUGGAGACAGAGUUUGUGGAGACAAUGUGUCAGCUGGAGCGCUUCUUCCCUCCAGCCCUUUUUGAUAUCAUGUUUCACCUUCCACUACAUUUAUCAAGAGAGGCACGGUUGGGAGGACCAGUUCACUUCCGAUGGAUGUAUCCCUUCGAAAGGUACAUGAAAACACUAAAGGCUUUUGUUAAGAAUUAUGCAAGGCCAGAAGCAUGUAUGGCUGAGGCGUAUUUAGCUGGAGAAUGUGUUGCAUUUUGUUUAGAGUUCCUUAAAGAAUCAGUACCAGUUCAAGAAGCAGUUAAUCGUAAUGAAGAUGUUGAGGCUGAUAGAAUGGUGGUUGAAGGCCGACCUCUGCAGAAGGGUAUAGAGGUUACCCUGUCAGAUAAAGAUAGAGACAUUGCACAUCGAUAUGUGCUAAUGAACAUGGCAUCUUUGGAUCCCUUUCUUGAGUAA